GCAGGCAGACGGCCAGUUCAGAGAGAAAGAGCCCGCAGCCAGAGCAAGCCAGAGAUGAUCAGAGGACUUAUUCUCACAGGACUGCUGGUCCUGCUAUGGAACCAGAUGGAUGUACAAGCGCACGUGUUGAGCAGACACAGUCCCGUCAUCAACAUGGCCAAGCUGAAGAGCUUGCUGCAGCAGUUUGAGGAGGCCCUGGCCACAGAAGAGGCUCCUGAGAGAGCCGUCGAUUAUGAGGACAGCAACACGGCGCUGGAGCAGAGCCCGGCUUCUGUGUCCUGGGACAGAGACAGAGAGGAGGAAGCAGCUCCGGCGGAGGACACCAGCCCCCCGGAUGGAUUUGAGACGCAGAGAAAUCGCCUCAUAGAUCUUCUCAUGUCAACCCGGAGCAAAAGCCUGUCUGGCUGUUUCGGGGGACGGCUGGAUCGCAUAGGGUCCUCCAGCACCCUUGGGUGCAACUCUAAAAAAGGUUAGCUCAAUAAGAGAAUACAGUGAUGUUAAGAUUACAAUAUAUAUUUAUGAUAUAUAAAUUAUUUUACAUGUUGGCAGUUGUCCAUGAACUUUUUAGGUAAACAUUUACGUGUAUUUAAGAGAAGAAAAAUCUCAGUAAAUCUAAGUCAAAAGCUAAGGUCCUGUAACUUUCACCAUUUCCACCCCAAUUUUGAAUUACCUUUGUAAUUUUACACGGUCCUGUGGUGUGACAAAUGAAUGUAAUAGUUAAAAUAUCUCAUGUUAACUGAAAAAAAAAAUAGAAAAAAGAUACUAUUAAUUUUCUGUCAGGACAUUAUCUGUUUUUUCUACAGUACAAUAAGGUCUCAUUAGUUAACAUUAGUUAAUACAUGAACUAACCUUAACUAACAAUAAGCAAUGAAUUUAUUACAGCGUUUAUUCAUCUUCGUUAAAUUACUAUUCAUGUUAGCUCAGGUCCAUUAAAUUCUAUUAACAAAUACAACUUUUGUUGUAAAUUAUUUUAAUAUUGUAAAAAUUAACAUUAAGAUUAAUUAAUGCAGUCAACUAAUAAUAACAAAUGGAACCUUAUUGUAAAGUGUUGCCCAUAAAACAGAACUCAAUGCAAUGUGUAAUUUAAAAUAUAUGGGGGAAAAAUAACACCUGUGAAAAAUAAACAGAACAAUUGCUUCAUUGUAUCAUAUAACAGUAGAUUGGGCCUUUUGUAGUAUAAAUAUCAGUGUACUAUAAACAUGAGCUCAUAACUGCAUGUAUAAUAAUUAUAGGUGACAUGGAAAACAAAUUUGUGGAGUAGAAAAAUGCACGCUAAACUGAAACCGUGUGGAAAUUUUUGUUCAAAUCUUGAAACAUGAAAAUGAAUGUAACGUGGAAAUGAAACCAACAAUACUUUGUUACAAAAUUCUUCCAUAUUUUGCAAUGCCUGUUGUGCUUUAUAUUAUCUGAUGGUUCAUAUUUGUUUGAUAUAUUUAUUAUGUACAAGUAGUUGAGUGCUAGUAAGGAUGUGAUAUGUGGCGAUACUCACGAUAAUUAUGUGCAUUAAUUAUAUUCUGCAUUCAUUUAUGAGGUUUAUGAAAUUUGCAGUACUCCUGUCUGGUGUGCAGUUCUGCUUUUAAUGAAGAAUAAGCGACUCAGUUUGUGCUGGGCUUCAUCAAAGUUAUUCUGAUAUUCUUCUUGUCACAUUUGAAACUGUACUUAAAAAUAAAAUGUUGUUUCAAGAACAGUAUAAACUGAUUGUAAGGGUUUUUUUUAGUUGUAGAAAGUGAUAAUAAAAUGAUAACAAAA